AUGGAGAAGAAACCAAGACCCUUCGAUAUGCUGUCUAGAGAACGUUACACGAUUUCGAAGGUUUCCUUCAAGAUCACGCUGACGUCGGAUCCGCGGCUGCGGCACAAAGUACUCAGUGUUCCUGAAAGUACACCUUUCCCAACAGUCUUAAAGUUUGGAGCAGAAGAAUUUAAAGUUCCUGCAGCAACAAGUGCAAUUAUUACCAAUAAUGGAAUAGGAAUAAAUCCUGCACAGACUGCUGGAAAUGUUUUUCUAAAACAUGGGUCAGAACUGCAAAUUAUUCCUAGAGAUCGAGUUGGAAGUUGUUAA